AUGGGGGUCUGGGGUCCGGGUCUCAUGCAGUCAGACGACGAUUAUGAGAUUGCCAAGGACCUAUCAGCGAUGUGUGGUUGUCAACUUCUGUUUGAAAAAAAGGAUGAACAUAAGAAAGAGGACACGAUCAGGAUACUGAACAACGGCAUGUUCUCCAAGCAGCUUGACAAGAUUUUCUCAUCCGGCUUUCAGCCCCUUACUAGUCAUCACAAGCGUGAGCGUGUGGCCAUUAUCUUUGCCAUGCUCGCAAUGGAACUGGGCGUCAGAAUCGAGGGUCAUUAUUUGACAUCUCUUCAUGUACUCCGAUCUUGGCUUCCCACCCUGGAGCAGCAACUUCAGCUGUUCACAGCACUGAAUGAGUACAAGAACAACGGCACGCCUUGGAUUACAGGUUCAAAGAACUUUGCAGAAAUGCAGAGCAGCAAGACAGAUUUGGGUCUUGGUGAUCCGUUCUGGUAUAGCGGCUUAGGACACUCUGCAGAUGAAGCUCCCACAGCGGAGAUGAGUAGCAAGGCCUGUCUCAGUUGUAGGGACAAUGAACCUAACCUUCUUCGUUGUUCGCGUUGUAAGAUGGCUCGAUACUGCAGUAAAGACUGUCAGCGGUAUGACUGGGGAGUUCACAAAAGGGUUUGUGAAGUUCAUGAAAGUCCUCGCAUCUGCUCUACCAAAGAGGAGCCAUCGACACCGGUGGUCAGCACAAUGAAGCGCCAGGGUACCCCUCUUCCGACGAUUUAA